AUGUAUAAACAACAAGAAAAAUCAUCCAGUCCUCAACCAACUUAUGAUGCUGUACAAUUAAUGGAGUUUGAUUUGGAUAACGCUGAUCCGUGUGGUACUCAAAUGUCAUGUAUUGUGUCUGAACUUCCAUUGGUGCAAAAGUUACCGGCUCCUUUGCUUCUGGAAAUCGAUGAUAUAAAUAUACAACAGGCAUUGAUAAUUAAAGAUAUAUUAUUCGCUCUCUUAGGAUACGAAGGUCACUACAUUCAAUAUGGCAAAACAUAUAAUAAGUCUUCGAAAAGUGCCAAAAUUCGAGGAAUUGACUUCAAAAUUGCAAAAAAUUUGGAUGUCAGUUUGAAAACAGUCACCAAAAGGAUAAUACGAAUUGGUAAGCAUUUUAGUGGAUUAAAUUCAUUCAUUGAAUACUAUAAUGAUGCGGCUUAUGGGAAAUUGGUGCAAGCCUUUUGUCACAGCAUAGCUGAAUUCUUUAAGCUGUACAUCGACGUGCUCGUUUCUUUAGAGCGUGAAUUUCAAUACAAUUCCACAUUCAACAUAAAUGCACUCGAGCAAGUUCUCUACCAAGAAAUAGCCAACAAGAUGUCCCACAUGUACUCCAUUGCCAUAGAGAUACAUCAAUUGAAUGAAGAGAGAUGCAGCCUACCGAAAGAGGAGUCGACCACCACAAAACUACAUCGUCUAGAAACAGACAUGUAUACAGAGAAAAUGAGAGUUUGUAAAGGUGGGCUUGUUUUAAAGAUUAUUCAAGAAAGAAUCUCCGCUUUCAAAGGCGAUGCUAUAUCAUACAGCUUCUUGUCUGCACUUUAUGAUGAAGUGAGUGUUGACUAUGUACAGAUGUUGAACCACUGGCUUGCUGAAGGAUCCAUUGAGGAUCCAUUCGACGAGUUUAUGAUCCAGGUUGCCAAAAUACCCAAGGGACUACAGUCCUUUUUCCAAACGAGAAGUGAUUUUUAUUGGAAUGAGCUAUUUUUGUUUAAAGAGGAUGGGUUACUUGAUCAAUUCCUUGACACAAAAAUUCAAAACAAGAUUAUAAACACGGGAAAAUUUUUGAGCAUGUUUAAAACGUGUACUAACUUGCAUGAUUUUCAAUACUUGGGUGAAACUUUGGAGUGUGUAAAAAGUCUCAAUGCUCCAGAUUUGGAGCUCAAGAUUGAUUUAUUCUUUGCUCGAGCAAACAAGAUGCUAUUGAAACUAUUGUUUGAAGGUUACCGGUUCCCCAGGUUGGUGGAAGCGUUUCAAACACUUUUCUUGUUUGAUAAAUCUUUCACUAUAGAUUCAUUUAUUGAUGACGCAUUUCAAGAUUUGAAACGAAACAAGUAUAGAAUAUCAACACUGAAAAUUCUGAGACAAUAUGACGAGCAUGUAACAUCAUCGUUGGAUUCAGAAAGAAAGAGCAACCCAUUUGCUGUCAGUGUGGUAGAACUUAGCCAGCGAUUUACAAUCACGAUUGAAAAUUUCUUUAAAGCCACAGAGGAAUUGAUGGCAAGAAAGGAGUCAGAUCUAACACAUUAUGAUCUUCGAGAAUUGCUUAAAGAGCACAAUAGUACUGGGGAACUAAGGAACGAGGAUGAGGAGGGUCUCGAAAAGAGGCUGAGUGAUAGCGUUGAGGAUAUCACGUUUUUGAGUGUGGAUUUGACUGUUCCACUACAAUUCCCACUAAAUUUUGUCUUGAAUAGACAAAUAUCAUACCAAUAUGAAACCUUGUUCAAGUUUUUAUUUAUGCUAAAAUUUGUAACCAAACAGAUCGAAAACAAUUGGCAAGAUAUCAAUACGUCCAGAAUAUGGACAGAAAUGUCGUUUCCUCAAAGAAUACAGAAAUGGAUCUUGAGAUGCAGGAUGUUGCAAUCACGGAUCUUAACAUUUGUGACUCAUGUACAAUCCUAUGUAAUGUACGAUGUGAUUGAGAGUAACUACGACCAGAUUCAUCAUAUGUUGAAUGAGUACAUGGACCAGUUAUCUAGUGCAAACAUGGGCUCGGAUGUUACUAGUAAAGAGGAGCAAGCACUCAACAAUAAACUACUGAGCAACUAUGGAAUGAAUUCCAUAUUUGAUAAAAGGAUCAAUUCACGCAAGACAACAACAACUGAUGCAAGUUUAUCAGUCAAUGAUUUGAAAGUAAAGUUAGAGACAUAUACAACUGUUGCACUUAGCGACUCCUUGCUAACUCGUCCCGAGACGUUACUGUGUGUCAAGGAAAUGUUUUAUUUUAUUAUCCUGUUUCAAUCUUACACUAUCCAAAUGAAGAAAAUGUUGGUACUUGUUCAUCCUGAGUUGUUUGAAACAUUUUCGAAAGAGUUUCCGGGAAAGUUCAAUAAACCGAUGGAUGGUGAGCUGGUGCAAAAACGGCUUGACUACAUGGAUGAAAGUUUUCUCCUUCGUUAUCAAAAAUUCGGGGAGCUACUUGCAUACUUUCUUUCUACGAUUAAACGAGUUGGCGAGAAGGAGAAUAGAAAAUUGCUCGAGUUGAGUGAUAGAUUGGAGCUGUGUUUCCCUGAAUGA